AUGGAUUCUGCAUCAAUUACUUUGGAUAAUCAACAAACCAUCACGUUCCAAGAAAAAUUGAUAAAAAGGACCACCCCUUGGUUUAAAAAAUUAUUCUUCGUUUAGAUUUAUCCAAUAAUGGAAAAAGCGUAUAAGGCAGAAUUGGAUGAGAAAGAAAUGACUGAAUUAGAGACUACUGAAUAAUCGUAUGUGCGACAUCAAUAAUUUUCUUACCAUUUAAAUAUCAAUAGGCAAUGCAAUUUGGUUAAUUUGAUAUUGUAAUAUUACUUUAAGUAUUUUUUAAAAGGAUUUUUAAUAUAACUUAUAGUACUUUUUAGUCAAUUGGCUAUGCCUUUUUUAACAAAAUAUAUUAUUGGAUAUAUUUCUGAGAAAAAUAAGGAUUAUUAUUAGGCGUUUUUGCUUAUUUCUCUUGUAAUACUGGUAAGAAUAGUUAAUUUAUUGUCAAUGUCCCAUUCUAGAUUCAUGAUGAAAAUCUAUGGAUAUGACAUAAUGUCAGUAAUUAGUUUGGAAAUAAUGAGUAAAUGUCUAAAGAUUUCAUUGUUAAGCAAUACUGAGAAAUCAAUAGGAGAAAUUGCCAAUUUAAUUUAAGUUGAUGUAUAGCGACUAAUUCAGGUUCCCAAUAAUGUGGUUAAUAUGAUUAUUAUCCCUUUAUAAUUGAGUAUUACGUUGGCUUACAUCUAUGAGGAAAUCGGAAUCUCUGUGCUUGUAGGAAUAAUAAUCAUAAUUUUGAGCAUAUUUUAGAAUAGUUACGUUGGUAGAUAAAUUGUUAAAGCCUAAACCAAGGUGUUAAAGUCGAAAGAUAAUAGAGUGAAGGUUACAACAGAAGCAUUUUAAUUAAUUAAAUUCAUUAAAAUUAACGCACUAGAAUAAUAUUUCUUAAAUAAAAUCUACAAGUUAAGGGAGAUUGAACUAGAAUCUAUAAAAGACAGACUAUAAUACUUUUCGAUAAAUGUAUUUAUGGGUUGGCUGUCUCCUUAAAUGAUUUUAAGCCUUACUUUUGGAUUGUAUGUGCUGUUGGGAAAUGAAUUAGUUCCCAGUAAGACUUUUCCCAUAAUAGGAUUGUUGUCUAUUUUAGCAGCCAGUCUAUAGUUAUUGCCAAUUUCAUUGAAUGAUCUGCUAGAAACAAAAUUAUCCCUUAUAAGGAUACAAGAUUUCUUAAAUAGCGAUGAAUUAAUGAAUGAUCUAUAUUGUGAUUAUAAGAAAGUUGCAAAUUCUUCUUUGGAGAUCGAGCAAGGCAACUUUUAUUGGAGAAAGGAGUGUAAUUAAGAGUAGUUAAUUCUAAAGAAUAUUAAUAUAAAGGUGGAGAAGGGGAAGUUUGUAGCUAUAAUAGGAGAUGUUGGAUCUGGGAAGUCUUCUUUGAUUUAAUCACUUUUAGGAGAGAUGAUCUACAAGAUGGAUGAUGAUAAGCCAAUCAUAAAUAUCACUGGGUCAAUUGCAUAUGUUGGAUAGAAGCCAUGGAUUUAAAAUGCAACAGUUUAAGACAAUAUUCUGUUUGGUAAACCAUUUGAAGAGAAUCUUUAUGAGCAAGCAAUAAAAUAUUCAUGCUUGACUUUAGAUUUAGAAAUAUUAGUACAUGGAGAUCAAACUAUGAUAGGAGAGAAAGGAAUUAACUUAUCUGGAGGAUAAAAGGCGAGGAUAAGUUUAGCAAGAGCCAUUUAUAGUAAAGCUGAAAUCUUCUUAUUGGAUGACCCUUUGAGUGCUGUAGAUGAUCAAGUUGGUAAUUUCAUAUUGAAAGAUUGUUUUAUGAAUUUAUUGAAAGGUAAAACAAGAAUUCUUAUUACUCACGCCUUAAAUUAUUGCAAACAUACAGACUACAUUUAUUUGAUGUAAAAGGGAGAAGUCAUAGAAGAAGGAGAUUAUUUGAAGAUGCAGAAUAAUAUUGUAUAUCAAGAAAUUGAAAAGAAAUUUGAAUUUGAUGUUUAGAAGUAAGAGAACUAAGAGUAAAAAAAUAUUGUAUAAAUGAUUGGAGAAAAGGACAUCGAUCAUAAUUAAGUGUAGAUUAGAGACAAGAAGAAAAAUAAAUCUGAUUUAAUGACUGUUGAGGAAAGGAAGAAAGGAGAAAUCGACUCAGAAGUAUAUGUUAAAUAUUUGUAAUACAAAAAGAAUUUAGUUUAUUAAACUGUUCUAUUAAUUGUAAUGAUAAUUUGGAUACUCAGUUAAAUUAUAGCUAAUUUAUGGGUAACUGAAUGGACUAGUAGAUAUGUUUCAUUAUCAGAUCAUUAUAGUGAGAUCACUUACUUUUGGGUGUUUUUGUUUCUAGGAGUUGUACAAUCUUUGUUUGCUUAUAUAAGAGCUGUUAUGAUUGUAUCAUAAAGUGUAAAAUCCUCUUCCUAAAUACAUAAUGAUAUGAUCCACUGCUUAAUAUUUGCACCUCAAUGUUAAUUCUUUGAAAGAGUGCCCUUGGGUAGAAUUAUGAAUAGAUUAACUAAAGAUAUUAAUUCUCUAGAUGUUGAAAUACACAUUAAUAUUGCAUAAUUUUCCACCAAGAUAAGCCAAAUACUGAGCAAUAAUUUAUUGAGUAUUUAUGUUAGUACAUACCUACUCAUUUUUCCUUUAACCAUCUUUUUUUAUAUAUGCUUGAAAAUCCAAAGAUUAUAUAUGAAGGCCAGCCGAGAAUUACAAAGAUUAGAGCUCAUUAGUAGAAGCCCAAUUCUUAGUUAUUUUACUUAAUCUUUGAUGGGAUUAACAACUAUAAGAGCUUUUUGUUAGACUGAUUUUGUAAUGAAAGAGUUUUCAUAGAAAUUAGACAAUAAUAAACAAAUUGUCUAUUACUCGACAGCAGCAAGUUCAUGGUUUCUCUAAGUUCUUGGAUUGGCUAGUCUAAUAGUCAAUACUUUUGCAAUUGCUUAUUGUAUCUUAUUCACUAGUAAUCCUUCAUUUGCAGGGUUGAUAUUGACAUUUGCUGCUAGUUUGGAUAGAAAUGUACAACAGACUGUAGACUCUUUAAGUUUCUUAGAAAAUAACAUGAUAUCCUUUGAGAGAUGUUUGGAAUACACCAAGAUAGAAUCAGAAAAUUUGGCAGAAAUUACAACUGUUAAGCAGCCUUGGCCAAAUCAAGGCAAAAUUAAAUUUAUUGAUUAUUCAGUUAAUUAUAGAAAUAAUCUACCAUUAAUUCUGAAAAAUUUGAGUUUCUCUGUAAAUUCUAAAGAGAAGAUAGGCAUAGUAGGUAGGACUGGAGCUGGAAAAUCAUCAAUUACUCUAAGUAUUUUAAGAAUUCUAGAAGGUGUGUCAGGUUUAAUAGAGAUUGAUGACGUUGAUAUCUCAAAAGUGUAAUUGUAAAAGUUGAGAUCGUCAAUUACUACUAUGCUCUAAGAUCCAGUAAUUUUUACAGGAACAAUCAGAUAAAAUCUAGAUCCCUUAGAGACUUGUAGUGAUGAAGAAGUUAUGAAGGUCAUUGAAGAGUGUUGUUUAUUGUAAUUGAUUAAUGAAAGGAAUGGAUUAGAUACACCUAUCAAUGAGGGAGGUGAUAAUUUAAGUGCAGGUGAAAAAUAGUUGAUUUGUAUUGCAAGAGCAAUAUUGAAGAAAAGUUAAAUAGUUUUAAUUGAUGAAGCCACAGCCAAUAUUGAUAUAGAGACUGAACAAAAAAUAUAAUAGACAAUUUAGAGAUUAUUCAAGGAUUGUACAGUAUUGACCAUUGCUCAUCGAAUAAAUACUAUUCUACAUUGUGAUAAAAUUCUAGUGAUAAGCAAAGGGGAAUUAAAGGAAUUCGGAUCAAUAAAUGAAUUAUUAAAUAAUCAAUCUUCACUGUUUUAUGAAAUCUAUCAAGAAGCUAUAAAUCAUAAAUGA